AUGUCCACUUACACCUCGAAAGCAGAUGAAAUGAGCCACGAUACAAACAGAUCCAGUGGAUCUGGACCGUCGACCACGGGACCUGGUAAGACCCAGUACAGCUUUAUCGAGUUCAUCGAAGAUUUGGACAACUACUGUCCUGGGGGGUAUCACCCUUUAACAAUUGGGGACGCCCUGAAUGGCGGCCGGUAUCAACUAGUUGACAAGCUUGGAUACGGAGGAUACUCGACUAUAUGGCUAGCCCGUGAUCUACGAAUGGAUAGAUACGUGGCAUUGAAGGCGAUUACCGCCGAUGCCAGUUCUUCUACACCUGAGGCUAGUCUUAUGCAUUAUCUUGGGAACUCACCGUCGACACCGGGCCGGGGAAUUAUUCCACCCCUUCUCGACGAAUUCUGGGUCACUGGCUCUAAUGGGAAGCACAAGUGCAUCGUCACUCCACCCGCACAGAUGAGUUUGUCCGAUGCUAAAGAGGCUUCGACUUGCUGUCUUUUCCCGCCGAAAGUUGCGCAGUCAAUUAUCGCUCAGCUCAUUCGUGGGGUGGCCUUCCUACAUAGUAACGAUAUUGUACACGGCGCUGACCUCGACUUCUUCCAAGACCUUCAUCUAGGUAACAUUCUAGUCCAGUUUCCCGAAUCCAUCGAUCGUUAUUCCACGUCGGAACUAUACGAGAAAUUUGGAGAGCCUGAGUCAGAGGCCGUUGUUCGUCUCGAUGGGAUGCCGUUACCAAAUGGAAUACCUGAACAUGUCUUUAUUCCAGGCUGGUUUGGCGUUCGCGGCAAUGAGAUUACUCUUGGAAAGGACAGAAUCUUCCUUAGCGACUUGGGGGAAUCUUUCAACCCUUAUAAAACGCCUAGGUCUUUUUCGAGGACUCUUCCUCUCCUCCAGCCACCCGAGGCUCGAUUCUCUGAUGAGCCUCUCUCCUUUCCCUCGGACAUUUGGACACUCGCCUGCACUAUUUUCGAGAUUUUCGGCCAGCGACCUUUGUUUGACGCUUUCUGGGCAACCGCUGAUCGUGUCACCGCGGAACAUGUCGAACUUCUCGGCAUGUUGCCCACUGAGUGGUGGAAGAAUUGGGAUAAAAGGUCUGAAUGGUUUAACGAAGAGGGAGAAGUCGGUGGGGCAGCUAGGAGUCAUGAUACCGUGCGCAAGACCUGGAAUAUGAGGUUUGGCUACAGCAUACAGAAGCCUCGAGCCGAGGCGGGCAUGGAGGUCGUGACGGAGAGCGAGAGCAGGGAAUUUGAGGCGAUGAUUCGCUCGAUGUUGACCUUCCGGCCCGGGGAUAGAGCCACUGCACAACAGGUAUUGCACUCGGAAUGGAUGAAAGGCUGGGGUCAACCAGCUCUUGAAGAGAGUGAGAGUAUACUUCAUACGGCCGCCAAGGCAGCCCCAGCAGCGGAGGCCCCACUCGAUGAAGAUGCCUGUUCAGGGCGGGCCGGGCCGGAAGCAAAGUCGGGGUCAACUUAG